GGAGCCCCACCAUGCCGCGUUCCCCCGCGCCCCUGUACGCCUGCCUCUUCGGGCUCUGCGCGCUCGUGCCCCGGCUCCCAGGUCUCAACAUAUGCACUAGUGGAAGUGCCACCUCGUGUGAAGACUGUCUGCUUAUCCACCCAAAAUGUGCCUGGUGCUUCAAAGAGGACUUCGGCAGCCUGCGGUCUGUCACCUCCCGGUGCGACCUGAAGACAAACCUGGUCAAGAAUGGCUGCGGCGGCGAAUUCGAGAGCCCGGUCAGCAGCACCCGGGUCCUGCGGAGCCUGCCCCUCAGCAGCAAGGGCUCCAGUCCGGUGGAGUCCGAUGUCAUCCAGAUGACCCCACAGGAGGUCACCGUGAACCUGCGGCCCGGUGACAAGACUUCCUUCCAGCUGCAGGUCCGACAGGUGGAGGAUUAUCCCGUGGACCUGUACUACCUGAUGGACCUCUCUCUGUCCAUGAAGGAUGACUUGGAUAACAUCCGGAACCUGGGAACCAAGCUGGCUGAGGAGAUGAGGAAGCUCACUAGCAACUUCCGAUUGGGGUUCGGGUCUUUUGUAGACAAGAACAUCUCUCCUUUCUCCUACACAGCCCCGAGGUACCAGACCAAUCCGUGCAUUGGCUACAAGUUAUUCCCAAACUGCGUCCCCUCCUUUGGGUUCCGCCAUCUGCUGCCUCUCACAGACAGAGUCGACAGCUUCAACGAGGAAGUUCGGAAGCAGAGGGUGUCCCGGAACCGAGACGCCCCCGAGGGCGGCUUCGACGCAGUGCUCCAGGCUGCUGUCUGCAAGGAGAAGAUUGGUUGGCGGAAGGACGCACUGCACUUGCUGGUGUUCACAACGGACGAUGUGCCCCACAUCGCACUGGACGGAAAACUGGGGGGCCUGGUGCAGCCACAUGACGGCCAGUGCCACCUGAACGAGGCCAACGAGUACACCGCUUCCAACCAGAUGGACUAUCCAUCCCUUGCCUUGCUUGGAGAGAAGCUGGCAGAGAACAACAUCAACCUCAUCUUUGCAGUGACAAAAGGCCAUUAUAUGCUCUACAAGAACUUUACAGCCCUGAUACCUGGAACAACGGUGGAGAUUUUACAUGGAGACUCCAAAAAUAUCAUUCAGCUCAUUAUCAAUGCUUACAAUAGCAUCCGGUCUAAAGUGGAGCUGUCCGUCUGGGAUCAGCCUGAGGAUCUUAAUCUCUUCUUCACUGCUACCUGCCAGGACGGCAUAUCCUACCCUGGUCAGAGGAAGUGUGAGGGCCUGAAGAUCGGGGACACGGCAUCCUUUGAGGUGUCAGUGGAGGCCCGGAGCUGCCCGGGCAAACACGCACAGCACACGUUCACCCUGCGGCCCGUGGGCUUCCGGGACAGCCUGGAGGUGGGAGUCACCUACAACUGCAGGUGCGGCUGCAGUGUGAGGCUGGAGCCCAACAGCGCCAGGUGCAGCGGCAACGGGACUUAUGUCUGCGGCCUGUGCGAGUGCAACCCCAGCUACCUGGGCACCAGGUGCGAGUGCCAGGAAGGGGAGAGACAGAGCGGGUACCAGAACCUGUGCCGGGAAGCAGAGGGCAAGCCGCUGUGUAGCGGCCGUGGGCAGUGCAGCUGCAACCAGUGCUCCUGCUUCGAGAGCGAGUUCGGGAAGAUCUACGGGCGCUUCUGCGAGUGUGACAACUUCUCCUGCGCCAGGAACAAAGGAGUCCUCUGCUCAGGCCAUGGCGAGUGUCACUGUGGAGAAUGCAAGUGCCACGCAGGUUAUAUUGGGGACAACUGUAACUGCUCAACAGACAUCAGCACAUGCCAGGCCAGGGAUGGCCAGAUCUGCAGCGACCGGGGGCACUGUGUCUGUGGGCAGUGCCAGUGCACGGAGCCAGGGGCCUUUGGGGAGAAGUGUGAGAAAUGCCCGACCUGCCCUGACGCCUGCAGCACCAAGAGAGAUUGUGUCGAGUGUUUGCUGCUUCACUCCGGAAGCUCAGCUGACAACCAGACCUGCCAAAACCUGUGCAAGGACGAGGUGAUCACACGGGUGGACACCAUCGUGAAAGAUGACCAGGAGGCUGUGCUUUGUUUCUACAAAACCGCCAAGGAUUGUGUGAUGAUGUUCACCUAUGCAGAGCUGCCCAGCGGCAAGUCCAACUUGACGGUCCUCAAGGAGCCAGAGUGUGGAACUGCGCCCAAUGCCAUGACCAUCCUCCUGGCUGUGGUUGGCAGCAUCCUCCUGAUUGGGAUUGCGCUCCUGGCCAUCUGGAAGCUGCUCGUCACCAUCCACGACCGGAGAGAGUUUGCAAAGUUCCAGAGUGAGCGAUCCAGAGCCCGCUACGAAAUGGCUUCGAACCCUCUGUACAGAAAGCCCAUCUCCACACACAACGUGGAUUUCACCUUCAACAAGUUCAACAAGUCCUACAAUGGCACAGUGGACUGACGGCUCCUUCUCAGAGGGCUGGGGGGUGAGUCUUCAAGCCAGAGACUUGACACACCUUCGACAGCUGCUCGGCUUGAUCACGGCUCCCUGCAAGGCCAAGCGCAAAGACCUUCCGGCCAGCCUGGGCCAGGAGCCCGCUCCCCGCACAGGAAGGCGCCCAACCACACCACCUGGCCAGCCCUCCAAGCCCAGGGGACUUUGGCCCUCUCGGCUUUCCUCUGCACAGCCAGCUUGUCUUCUCACUGAACUGCUGAGAUGCUGGGCUGCCUCUCCCUCCCGGAAGGGAUUCUGAGUCCUGAGAAUUACCCGCCUGGUGUCUCUGCCUGGCACAUGGGUGUUGGUGAUGGGAUUAUUGAGACACCUGUUAAAGGCACAUAGUUGGCAAAUGUCACCUUCCUUCUCCUGUCCAUGUUUGUUUAGUAUUUUUGUAAUGAAAAGGAAAGAGAUUGGGAUUGAAAGUAAAGAUUAAAACCAAAA